AUGAAAGGAAAUCAACAUGAAGAAUAUUCUCGUCAGUGGAAAAAGGCACAAGAAUUAGCGAACCAACAUUUGUUCAAAGCUCAAACGAAGCAGAAAAAGUAUUAUUAUGACGGGACAAAAAGUGUAAAGUACAAUCCAGGUGAUCUGGCCUGCAUCACCUUACAUGAUGAAGAAGAGGGGCGAGUUAGAUUGGCAACACUAAAAACAUGCAGUAGACAAGCAACAAUUAGUGAAAGUCAACAAUGGGUUAUCGAAAUCCUAAAAACAAACCCGGAUGUGUUGGAUAAUUUCCCAGAUGCAUCCAUUGACGAAUUCGAAGAAAUCCAGUUGGAACAGAGGACAUCAGUAACAACAACCGUCAGUUCGCCAAUUUUCGGAAGAUUAUUGAAACGGAACCAUGGGAGAGGAAAUAUCAUAUGGGAACUGAUAGGAUGGGGACUAAUGAAACAUGCACACGAACUUGUAGUAGAUGACUAUCGACCGCUAAAUGACGCUAAUACAAGUAACGGUCUACCAAAAUCCACUGAGGAGCUAAGUGACUUGAUAAAAUACGAGCUUGGAAAAAUGCACGAGCAAUACAAAAUCAGUAUUGAAACUGAACACGACAAUAAAUUGGCAAAGGCAAUUCGGGAUGUGUACUGCCAGUUAUCAAAGAUAAAACGAACGCAAGCCAUAAUCUUAGCCCAAACUAAUGGAUUGCUUGCAGCUGCCGCACUCGGACUACCAAUGUGUACAAGGAUUUAUGGUUUUGGUCAGGCCAUGACAUUGCAACAAUACGACCCAAAAAGGAUAUCACUAUCAGCAAAAGAGACCAAGUGUGGGUUCCAGCCAUUUUUCGUUUACGGAAAAAACAACUGUACGAUCGGACUCGACGGAUGGUCUAUUCACCCGUAUUCGGAGUGCUUUUGGAAAUCACAAUUGAUAAACAUCAACGGAUAUCCUUAUACGUGGCAACAUAACGCAACAGCAGGAGACUGGAUUAAACAAGAGGCGACCAUACACACCUCACAUCUGGAUUUAAUUGCAGAAUUCGAAGAACUGCACUUAAACAGUUUCGACUAUGGAUUAAGGAACCAUCCAGCUCAUGGAACAAUGGAAAUGGAACAGCUGAACAUCCUAAAUGACCUGGUUGGACGAAUUAAUGAAGGAGAAGGCAAAGAGUUACCUAACAUCCUAGAUUCAUCCUAUUUCUCAUCUGUCUAA